AAUUUCUAAAAUUGUUCAAAGGAGCAUGCAUUUCUGGAUUAACAAACCGGCGGGCAGGUAUUACGGUUUCGCUGCUGGCCGCCGAUACCCCGCCACACCUUUGCCAAAAACACGCUUCAAUCGACACAGGCACAAUGCGGACUUAAGGCAAACGGUUACUCCGCUUCAUCGUUUCCAAAAUCUGAAUACUAUGGGAAACGCUGCUGGCCCUAGUAACGUACAUAAUUGCCGAGUGAUAAGAACAAUGAUAAGACCAAACAAUGAUAACGAAAACAAUUGCCCGGUCGGGUCUACUCAACGUUCACAACUGGACAACACCUCCAACAAUGUGACAACAGCCGGGAAUAAUCAACUGAUAUUGUCGAAUCCUACAUCAAACGGCACGAACAGAAGUCUUCUCGAUUUUUCGGAAUUCAAUGAUGCCGAACUAGCGAGUUACAAAUUGCGAUGCGGUGUGUGGAUAACAUUUGUACUUGCCACGGGAUUCGUCGCUGCUGCGAAAUUUUAUUUCAGUGAUCGAAGUCAAGGUAUAGAGAUACUGAUGUUUUGGAUUUUAAUGACACUCUCAUUGUUCGCGUGUUUAUACUCUAUUUUAUGUUACCGAAACCGACGCAACAAUCAACCGAUAGACCAUCCGGUUCAAGAGGAGCACAUCACCUCUGCCGCUCCUGGAACUAUAAUGCCCAAUGAAAACAUUAGAUCUAUUUCUAUAGUAAGACAGAAUCCACCGCCACCUUAUCAUAUUGCUAUUUUAAUUCCACCGCACAAUACAGCGGACGAGGCUCCGCCGCCGUCGUAUGACAAAGUCAUAUACGAUAAAUGAACCAUAUAAAGUUGUAUAAAAUUCUAUCACUAUUUUUUCAUAUAAACUACAUUUUCUAAGGCAAGUAAUACAUAUAUGAUAUCGUCAAAGUACUAAUGAUUUGCGCAAAAACCAAAGAAAGGAACCUAGCGGCAGCGUCAAUAAUUUUCUCUAGGCUAGGUAAACUUUAUAUCUGUGAUACAUCUAGUGAUGCAACAUCAAUAUUGUUCUUAAUAACAUUCGAAGAAAAUACAGGAAAUACCACCGUGGGCAUUAUUCAAUGUCUGAGCCAAAAA